AUGGUUGAGUACAAGAGUACGAUUGAUCAAACAUACAUCUAUUGCGGACUUGAUUCCGUGUCAAGAGCAAUCUAUAUGACAUACGAAUGUAAUGCACAAUACUUCAAUAGAACACUCAAUAGUAAUACCGUGUAUACGGAAAUCAUAGCAGAUAAAGUAUAUGGGACGCUUGAAAGAAAUGUCUCUUGUAGGAGACCUCAGCAAUGCCAUAUGUUUCAUAUGAAAUCAAUCAUUCUUGUCACAAAAACAACAUUGAGAGUCAUUCUUCACACGCGAAACCUUUCAUGCACUUCGUUGCAGAUGAAUUGUUUCUUCAAAAGAGAUUACAAUGCUCUGAACCCAAUACAUAGACAAAGUCUUUUUGAAAUCAACAACAUCCUCAAGUCAUGCUUUCUUAAUGAAAUAAAUUUCUUUACAACUGAACGUUCCGACUGUAACAUUAUGAUGUCAGGACCAACUCAAAUUCCAUUGUGUAUCAGAAUCCGUGAUUAUUUCAAGGGAUUUGAUGUGGAACAGAUCAUAGUCACCGCACCAGUAAUCGACUACUCAUAUCCAAUUCAUCGCAUAUUCAAUUGCAAAAAAGAAAACGUCAUAUAUGUAAUCCCAGCAGAAUCUUACAAAAACAAACAAAUGUAUCAAUUCAUCGGGAGAACAGAAAACAAAAUGGUUUCCAGUACAUCUCCAAUUGAAUACCACUACAAGACAGUACGCGUCUACUUGAAAAACUCAACAAUUCUUGUGCUGAUGUCAUCUAACAUUUCUCGAAGUGGACUUGGGACAUACACUCUCAGACAAUUGAACCACGAAUAUGCACUUGUACUAUCUCAAUGA